AAUUGAAAUUAAUUGCUGCGCGAUGUGUAAACAGAAGUCCACUUAAAUUGUAAAGCCUAGAGCACAAAGCUAGGCUAGCCCCACAACUGAAACAAUUUGGGAACGAGUUGUGUUUCGGGAUCAAACUUACUUUGUGUGGUCUGCCACAGAUUUUCUCGUCUUAGGCGUAGGCAAAGGCGUUGUGGAUCAUCGCGGCUCGAAGGAAGGUGAAACAUGAAGAUGGCUGACGGCUCGACAAUAUUGCGUAGGAACCGACCUGGUACAACAUCAAAGGACUUCUGUCGCUGGCCCGAUGAGCCUCUGGAGGAGAUGGACAGCACGCUGGCUGUGCAGCAGUUCAUACAGCAACUGAUCAAGCGUGAUCCGAGCAAUGUCGAGCUUAUAUUGACCAUGCCAGAGGCCCAGGAUGAGGGGGUGUGGAAGUACGAGCACUUGCGACAAUUUUGCAUGGAAUUGAACGGCCUGGCUGUGCGCUUGCAGAAGGAAUGCUCGCCGUCGACUUGCACACAGAUGACGGCAACCGAUCAGUGGAUAUUCUUGUGUGCGGCCCACAAGACGCCAAAGGAGUGUCCAGCAAUUGAUUACACUCGUCACACACUGGACGGAGCUGCCUGUCUGCUCAACAGCAACAAAUAUUUCCCAAGCAGAGUUUCCAUAAAGGAGUCGUCGGUGACCAAGCUGGGGUCGGUGUGUCGGCGCGUUUACCGUAUCUUUUCGCAUGCUUUCUUUCACCAUCGUCGCAUUUUCGACGAGUUCGAAGCAGAAACGUAUCUAUGCCACCGAUUUACGCAUUUCGUCACAAAAUACAAUCUAAUGUCGAAGGAGAAUCUGAUCGUGCCCAUCAGCGACGGAGAAAACGCUGCACCAGGCGAGAGCGAGGCUUAGGUAGCAAUCCAGUCAUUCUCAUAUAAAAACUCACGCGUAGGCGCGCUCAUACACACAUAUUUAUUUAUAUUAACUAAUAGCUUGAGCAUUUGUUUUGGCUCACCCCGACAGAGCGGAUCGGAUUCAACUCAAAGGCAAAUGCAAAUCUUGUAUGUAGUUUAAACGUCAAAUAUAUAAAGCCCCUCUACAUAACGAUAACUAAGUAAUAAAGGCAAAAGAACCAGAUGAUAACAGGCCCCCUCUCCACUCCAACCCGCCAGCCACACCUGAUCUUAAGUCCGCAAUUAUUCCGUAAAAUUAUAUUACGACUAUGUUUAAAAUCUUUAUUUAAAUAAAUUAUGUGUAGUAAUUCUUGUGGCCGAACCAAGACCAAAA